AUAGUGUGCCAUGCGAAAUUUAAACCGGAAAAAUGAAUCCGAAACUGAAGGCUUUCUGUCAAGCAGUAUGUUGCAUCUCGCAGCAACACCUAAUAGCCUUGCUGGCGUUCUUCGCAAUUGUCAACCAAUACACCAUGCGAAUCUGCCUAAACCUUGCAAUAACCGAGAUGGCUGCUCCAACUAAGGAACCCGAGUCGGAGGAACCUCUCGCGACAUGUCAAGCGUUCAGGUUUAAACAAUUUCAAAAUUUGUACGGUGAAGCCGAGGCAGGGGAAACAUUCGACUGGGAUGAGCAUACUCAGGGUAUUAUCCUGUCGGCCUUUUUCUGGGGCUACGUAUUGUCCCACUUUGUCAGUGCAUUCGUUGCGGAUAAGCAUCCUAGAAUUCUGCUGGGACUCAGUGUGUUGAUAACGGCCAUCAUGACUCUACUGACUCCGCUGGCAAUAGAUAUCGGAGGAGCUCCGCUACUAAUAGCGGUCAGAGCGAUCGAAGGAAUUGGUGAAGGAGCAACCUUUCCGGUCUUGAGUGCCAUCGUCGGUCAUUGGAUUCCACCUCGACGACUCGGAUUUCUCGGAUCGUUCAUUUUUAGUGGAGGUCAAAUCGGAUCUCUGGUCGGAGGCAUCGCAACUGGUUAUAUUAUUUCCGAUCUGCAUAGCUGGCGGUUGGUGUUUUACGUGUGGGGAACGCUGGGUGUAGUUUGGUAUGUUUUUUGGGUUUUGCUUGGAUUCGAAAGUCCGGAAAGUCAUCCGUUUAUAAAAGAUAAGGAAAGAGAUACACUAUUGGAGCAGUUUGCUGAGGCCAAGAAAGAAACGACAGCUGGUCCGAUCCCGUGGAAAAGGAUUUUUACCAGUGUUCCAAUUUGGGGGCUUAUUGCUGGACAGGUCGGCCAUGAUUGGGGCUUCUAUUUGAUAGUUACGGAUCUUCCCAAGUACAUGAAAAGUGUUCUCGGCGUGUCAGUAAAAGAUAACGGUCUGCUCAGCUACUUUCCAUUUUUAUGCAUGUGGAUAUUUUCGAUUGUAACCGGAUGGAUAUGUGACAUUCAAAUUCGGAAAAAAUGCGUUUCAACAAGCACAGCCAGAAAACUGUGGACCACGGUUGGGUCAUUAAUUCCUGCGAUUUCUUUAAUGGCUGCGUCUUAUAGCGGAUGUAACAAAACUGCUGUCGUAAUUUGCUUUGCCAUUUGUGUUACUUUCAUGGGAGGUUUUUAUCCGGGAAUUAAAGUGAACGCAAACGAUUUGAGUCCAAACUAUGCCGGAUUCUUGAUGGCUUUCGUCAAUGGCAUCGGCGCUAUAACAGGAGUGAUAGUUCCUUAUAUCGCAGGAGUUUUAACACCAAACCAAUCAAUCGAAGAGUGGCGCUACGUCUUUUGGCUCGCCUUUUGGAUCCUCAACGUCACUAACGUCAUCUUUAUACUUUUUGCCUCCGGAAAUAUUCAGCCUUGGAACGAUGUGAACAAGGAAGCAAAUUCAGACACAAAUUAG